AUGGAAAUAACUUCACUAGACACUGACCUAGCUACACACGUAUCUCAAGGAACUGAAGAUGCUACCAAAUGGAACGAGUGCUUGUCCCCAGCAGUGUUUUAUCUUAUGCAUUAUUACUUUUUUGAGAACUCUUCAAGAUUCAGUGUAAAUGUUGACCCUACUUCGAAAGAAGGCAAAAUAUUCAGUCAAAUAUGCAAAUUUGGCCACUUAUUUCAAGCCUGGAAAACUAUUCAAAUAGGUUCAGGGCUCCUGGCUAACAAUGGAAUCAAUUAUACAAGACUUGAGUGGGUAGAUGAGCACUCCGCAUCCAUGAACACCAUGACAAGGGAGUGGUAA